AUGCAAAAUAUUAAAAGCUUCCAAGGAAGGAGAAAUGUUACCAAGGGUCCCUGCUUCCUUCCCACAAUCUUACGGUUCCAGGUCCCCCAGGAAGAUGAUGCCUCCCAGCUUUCUCAGAAGUCGAGGGGCACCCGUCGGUCUACCUGGGCACCCUGGAAAGCAAAGGUCCUCCGAUCCCAUGCCAGGAAGCUGAAGAGGACCCUGGGGGACUGGCCCCGCCCACCUCUUAAUUACUGCAUCCUCAUCAGCCUUGCCCUGAGCAGCAGCGUGAGCAGCAGCCUGACAGUGCAAGAUAUCUACCAGUUCAUAAGGAAGCACUUCCCCUUCUUCCGCACAGCUCCAGAAGGCUGGAAAAACACCAUCCGGCACAACCUGUGCUUCAGCAGCAGCUUUGAGAAGACAGCCGCCUUCGUGUGCCUUGAUGGGAAACGCAAGUCCCGCAUGUGGAAGUUGACCACAGAGGGAUGGCGCAAGUUUCGGGCGGAAACGCAAGAGCUGCCAGAGGACUUGGUGAGGCUGAUGCGUCAGAGCAUGGACAGGCCAGAACUGAUGAGGUCUCUCUUUGGCCUCGGAUCCUCACUAAACCUGGAUGGCAUGGAGGAAACCCCACUGCAGCCAAGUGUGCAUCCUCCAGUAUCUAUAAAAGGCACUGUUGCUUGUUGAAAGGAACAGCUGUGCUAAGAGAGCCAGGCUUGUGGCUUGCUUCCUUCUGAAGAUAUUAUCUGGGGUGGAAGAAACCCCAAAUUUGCAGAUGGAGGGGCAGCUUCCUAUGAGAGUAGAUCCCCUCCAAAAAUAAACCAAAACACCUGUACAGUGUUUUCCCCUUGCAGCAGAGGUGGUGCCGUGUUUUGUGAUGGGAAUAGUUUGUUGAAAGGCACUGUGAAAGAGAAUGCAUAAAGCUGAGUGUUUGAACUUAUUUAUAUAUUUAUUUGUUACUGAAAAUGUGGAUAAAAAAGCAUGGUAAUAAACAGUUAAAA